UAGUUCCAUGCUGUAGCUGAGGAUGCUGGAGUGGUUUGUGUGUCCUGCUUUGUAUGCUACUGCUGGGUGCUGUGAGGGGAAUUCAGGCGAGCUCUGACCUCGCGACAUGCCUUCUAUGUUUGAGAGAAUCAGAGCUACACUGAGGAGCCUGUAAGACCUUCCUGCAUGAAAAUGAUGCAUUGACCUUUGAUGAUGUGCAUGUACACUUCACUCGGGAGGAGUGGUCCUUGCUGGAUCCAUCUCAGAAGAGACUUUACAAAGAUGUCAUGCUGGAGAACUACAGGAAUCUCACCACUAUAGGCUACAAUUGGAAAGAUCAUAACAUUGAAGAACAUUCUCAAAAUGAUAGAAGAUACGGAAGGCACAAAAUCACUCCUGCUGGAGAGAAACCCUAUGAAUAUACACAAUGGGAUAAAGCCUUCAAAUAUCACAGUCAUCUUCAAAAGCUUGAAAGAAACCAAACUGGAGACAAAAACUCGGAAGUCUUUCAACAUAGUAAAGUGCUUACAUGUCAAAGUACUCUCCAAAGAAAUAAAAGAACAGAUACUAGAGAGAAACCCUACAAAUGUAAUGAAUGUGAUAAAGCCUUUUUAAAGCUCAAGUAUCUUCGACUACAUGAAAGAAUAUAUUCUGGGAAGAAACCCUAUGAAUGUAAUCAAUGUGGUAAAGCCUUUUUACAUCCCAGCUAUCUUCGAAUGCAUGAAAGAACACAUACUGGAGAGAAACCUUACCAAUGUAAUCAAUGUGGCAAAGCCUUUACACGAAGGAGUCAUCUUCAAAGCCAUAAAGUAGUACAUACUGGAGAGAGACCCUACAUAUGUAAUCAGUGUAAUAAAGCCUAUCCACGCAAGAGUUGUCUCCGAAAACAUGAAAGAACACAUACUGGAGAGAAACCUUACAAAUGUGAUCAGUGUGGUAAGGCCUUUACACAAAGCAGUCAUCUUAAAACCCAUAAAGUAAUACAUACUGGAGGGAGACUCUAAAUAUGUAAUCAGUGUGAUGAAGCCUAUUCACACCCGAGUCAUCUUCCAAAACAUGAAAGAACACAUACUGGAGAGAAACCUUAUAAAUAAAUCAGUGUCAUAAGUCAUUUAUAUCUCACAGUCAUCAUCAAGCUGAUGAAAGAAUUUAUACUGGAUAGAAACCCUACAAAUGUAAUGAAUGUGAUAAAGCCUUUUCACAGCCCAGGUAUCUUCGAAUACAUGAAAGAACACAUACGGGAGAGAAACCUUACAAAUGUUAUCAGUGUGAUAAAGCAUUUCCACAAGGCAAUAAUCUCAAAGUACAUACAAGGAGGCAUAUUGGAGAUAUCCCUAUGAAUGAAAUCAAUGUGGUAAAGCCUUUGUAUAUGACUAAUCUUUUGGGAUCCAUAAAAGAACAGAUAAUGGAGACUGGAGAGAAACAUUACCAACAUAAUCAAUGUGGUAAAGCCUUUGCAGAAAGCAGUCAUCUUCAAACCCAUAAAGUACUACAUACUGGAGUGUAACCUCCCCCCCUCAGCUCAAAGUCUUCCCUGCAGCUCCAGAACUUCCAGACCAUGAUACCACCACGUGUUAGCUGAGGUAUAACCAUGCCAUAAUUUCUAUUCUCCAUGUUUUAGUCCAUGUCAGCCUAGGUCAUGUAGACACCUGUCCAGUAUAAACACACAAGCACACAUAUGCACACACACACACAAAGAGAGAGAGAAAGGAUUUGCAUGAGGAGCAUGGGUUUUGCUUCAAACAGAAUCGAAGCAUAGUCUAUUUAGAGUCCAGUGCUAGGAGUCAUCAAGGUAGACAAUCAACUUUUGGAGUCACCAUUAUGAACAAGGACCUGAAAGAGCCAGGGUUUUAAAAUUUCCCAGCCUGUAUUAAUACUGUGUAUGUGAAUGAAGGGUGAUCACAUUGGUGGGUAUACUAUUUG